UGGAAAGGUGCAGCACAGUUAUAUACAGCACUAAUAAUAAAAGCUCUACUACGACCUGAACGAAAUCAGCAAAUCAUGUGCCAAGCGAAUAUGGCAAGAAGUAUACUGAAAGUUGGACGAAAUGUUUUCAAGGCUGAAAAGCAUCUACUUUUAGCGCCAUUUUACUAUGUUUUCGAACGGCUUUCAUCACAUGCGAUCACACCAACUGAUCUCAGGCAUUUUCUGCGACUUGAUAUGCCGCUGUGCUGUCGCAAUUUGGAAGAGACAGAGGGUGAAGAGGCCAUACGCGAUUCUGAAGGAGGGCCAGUACCGAUUGGAAGGUUGGUUGAUUGCUUCUUGAGGUCUCCUUUGAAAACACAUCUCAUCACAUUUAUGUUCCCAAUAAAGACGCACUCCCUUUACUCUUUGUUUUCGGUAAUCAGCGUAUUUCUAGCAAUUGUUAUAGAACAGUUAUAA